AUGCCAGAAGGCGGCUGUGUCUUUUUACCAUCAAAAUACAGCUGUCAAAAGGGGGGACUCACCAGCAUCCCUACGAACAUCCCAACAUUCAUUUCUAACUUAGACCUGUCAGAAAACAAAAUAACAGAGAUUCAGCCUGGUAUAUUUUCGAAUCUACUCAAGCUAGAAAAGGUGUACAUGCCACAUAACAAGAUAACAAUGAUUAAGCCUGGUACAUUUGCAAAUCUAUGCCAGCUACGAUCGGUGUACCUGUACUCCAACAAGAUAAGACGAAUUCAUUCACGCACUUUUGCAAAUCUACGCCAGUUGCGAGUGUUGCACUUGAAUGGCAACCAGAUAACAAUAAUUCAGGUGGGCAUAUUUGCAAAUUUACCCAGGCUGGAAAUGUUGUUCUUGUCCCACAACAAGAUAUCUGUCCUUUCUCUGUCAGCUUAUGACAUGCUGGAAGGGCAGGGUCAGUCUCAGGCCAUGACUGAAUCCAACACAAACACCACAGACGCUAUAAUAACCAGCAGACAUUAUCAGACAGAGCAUGGUCAGUCUCAGGUCAUCACUGAAUCAAGAACAAACACCACAGCUACUGUAAUGACCAGUGGUCAUGGUCAGGCAGGGCAGGGUCAGUCUCAGGCCAUCAUUGAAUCCAACACAAAGACAACAGCUACCGUAAUGACCGGUACUAGUGGUUAUGAUCAGACAGGGCAGGGUCAGUCUCAGGCCAUCAAUGAAUCCAGCAAAAAGACCACAGCUACUGUAAUGACCGGUACUAGUGGUCAUGAUCAGACAGGGCAGGGUCAUUCUCAGGCCAUCAUUGAAUACAACACAAAUACAACAGCUACCCUAAUGACCGGUACUAGUGGUCAUGAUCAGACAGGGCAAGGUCAGUCUCAGGCCAUCAAUGAAUCCAUCACAAACACUACAGCUACUGUAAUGACCAAUCCUGAGUGCAUAUAG